AUGCCACCAAAACCGAGCGAAAAACGAACGCGUGUGUCCAGUUCCGAGGAAGAAACCUCAGCCCACGUGCUCGUUGACGACGCCAUUUUGAAUGAUAUACAGAGGAAGCUAGAAAAGCUGGAUAUGCUGGACAAAAUUAACAAUCAGUUAUCCACAAUUAAGCACAAUAUUACCAAUAUAAAAAGCAAUGUAACUGAACUUGAAAAAGGCUUAUGCGCAGUCAACGACGACGUUGCUGAAAUGAAAGAAAGUAUGAAGCGGAAGGCAGAAUUAAAGUAGCUAGAAGAGAAGUAGAAGAUCUUUGCAACAGGUCCCGAAGCUUGUAACUUGGUGUUCUAUAACAUUCCUGAAAAUUCAGAAGGCGAUAAUUGUGUGGCUUUCAUACAAGGCUUCAUAGCCUCGCACGUGUGUUUGGAAACAUUGUGUGGAUACGUCGAAAUUGAGCGUGCUCAUCGUACUUCGACGCAAUUAAACAAAAACAGAAAGAGUCCAAGACCGAUCCACGUAGCCUUUCUAAAAUACACGGAUAAGACGAAGAUUCUGAAGAAUGCUGCGGUUAGACUUAAAGAUAAUACGUUUCAUGGAAAUCUAAUCGGAAUUGGAGCUGAGUCUGUUGCUAGUUCGAGGUUUUUGGAACCCCGCACGGCCAAACUCGUGAACUCCUUCGAGGAGGUAAACUGUUUCUAUGUGUUGUUUCGUGUUGUUAUUGUUAUCCUUCUGUAA